UCUUUAUAUAACCUAUUGUCAUUUAUAAUUUUUAUAUUACAUAUUUUUUUUAAAAAAAUUUUUCAUUCUAUUUAUAAAUGCUAUUGAUUAAAAUUAUUAUCACUUAAUCUUAGAAAAUUCAUCUUUAAAGAAGGGGUGUGAUGUUCCCACCAGAAAUAUGGUUGAUAAUAUUAAAAAAGUUAGACAGACGAACAUUAAUGGAAAUGAGAUUAGUGUCUCGUUUCUUCUAUGAUAUUGUCGAAGAGUAUUUUGAAAAAAAUAAUGUAUGGAGAAAAUUGUGUGAUGAAGACAUUUUGUUUGAAUGCAAAACACUUACAAUGCAACGAGCUCACCCAUAUGAAUUAAUAAUCCACCAAAAUCAAGUUACCGAUCCUGCUUUAUGGCGCGGAACUUUUUUCUCACAUAAAAAAUGGCGGAAAGCCAUGGAAUUGGAAGAAAAGAAAGAUUCUAUUGUUCCUUUGCCUACUUUAGGUGAAAUAAAGUGUAUUUCUACAUUUGAUAAAUAUAUCGCAGUCGCAUUUUCAUAUGGGACAAUAAAUGUUUAUACAAUCGAUGACAUAAAUAUUCCAUUUUAUAUGGCGAACCAUGACAACGAAAUAAAUCAAAUUGAAUUUUGGUAUUCCAGUGGCGAUAUACUUAUCGUGUCACUUGAUGUCGAUCACGGUAUGAGAUUUUGGGAUAUAAAUAAGCACAUAGAAAUAGCAACUGCUGGUUUUUUCGCCAAUAGUAUAAGUACUGGUGAAUGCCGUCACUUUUGUCUGGCCGAAAUGGAUGGUAUUUUAACAUCAUAUGAAAAAGUUGAUGAUCAAAUAAUAGCCGGUCCAACUUUAUCAUUUCGAUUACAAAAUGAAGAAGUUCUUGGACACUGUUUAGAUGGAAAAAAUAUGACAGCAUUGACGUAUCAUGAAGGUCAUACAAAAAUGUAUCUAUAUCAUGGAUUAAUAGAAAAUGGUAAACUGAAUAAACUACUAAUGGAUCAAGAAAAAGAUUUUAUUGAACUUCCGGACGAUCUCAAUAACUUUCUAGAGAGAAUUUCUAUGCCGACAAUUCUCUUCUUUUUUGUUAUUGGAGCUAUGAGUGUUGGAUCGACAAAUUAUUAUGAAGAUGAAUGGAACGAAUUUCAAUUAUCUGAUCAUUUUGGAUCUAAUGUAAUAUCAAUGGCACUGCACGCACAAGUUUUGAUGUUCGGCUUAGAAAAUGGUGCCAUACAUUUACUGUGGAUUAAAGAUUAUCAGGAAAUAUUGGAAUUGCAAGAGAGAAUAAAAAACUCAAGAAAAAUUCAGGUUGAUGAUAAACCGAUUGUUAAUAUAUCUGUUUUAGAAGUUAAUAAAAAUCCGUGCAUUGUUGCCCAUACUGAAGAAAAAGUUCAUUUGAUUAAUUUUUAUUAAAGCAAUUAUAUAUUUAUAACAUUUAAAAUAAUAAGUAAUUCGAUUAUGUCAUAUUAAAUAUUUUUAUGAUGUAAAAACAAUGAUAGCAAUAAAAAUAAACACGAUAACUC